AAAAAACGAAAAAAAACCCGGCUGGAUCUCCGCAACCGUGCGGCCGCGCUGUAAACAAUGAGAUCGGAGGCGGCUGCUGCAGCUCCCGUGCCGUGAAGACCGGAGCCGGGAUUCGCGGGAGGAGGAUGCGUGCGUGGAUGUGAGCCGUGAGCCGUCCCUCGGCGCCUCUCCGGGAUGGCGCUGCCACGGCCGCCGGCCGCCGGCGGGGAGCGCCGCGGGAGCCCAGCCUGACCCCGCCGCAGAGCGGGGUGUGACACCGGAGCAUUUUUUUUUAAAAUUAUUAUUUAUUUAUUUCAUUUUUUUUUUUUUUUAACCGGGUUGCAGUGGUUUGUGGCUCUGCGUUUCCAGCCGCCCGCGUGUCUCCAUCCAUCCAUCCGUCCAUCCAUCCGUCCGUCCGUCCAUCCGUCCAUCUCGGCGCCGAUGCCCGCGGCGGCCGCCGCUGCCUGAAGGGCAGRGCCAUCAUGUACCUCCUGGACAGCAGCGAGCCGCCGGCCGCUGCCGCCUCCUCGCCCGACAGGAUGCAGCGGGGCACCCCGCAGAGGAAGACCGUCUACCGCAUCUCCGUGACCAUGGUGAAGAAGGAGCUGCUGGGGCCCGAGAGCGGCCGCGCCGGCCCCGAGCUGCCCCGGCGCGGGCGGAGCCGCCCGCCGGGCUCCUCCAGCCUCACCAGGGCCGGGCUGCUGCUGCUGGAGGAGGAGGAGGGCGAGGAGGAAGGCGAGGAGCGGGACAGGGUCCCCAGCCCCUGCGGCUUCCGCACCUUCCGGACGCUGAGCACCGGGCAGCUGGAGCUGGGCCGCCUCAAGGUGCCGCGGAGAGCGGGCCCGCCCGUGCCCGGGGCGCCGCGGGGCAGCGCCGCACCUGGACAAGCCGCGGCUGCCGCCGCCUCGUCCCCGCCCGGCGAGGAGCGGGACAAGGACGGCGGGCCUUGCCCGGGGGAGCGGGGCCACAGCCCGCGGCGGCAGCCGGGUUUGCUGCGGCGGAGCUUCAGCUUCAGGCACUGGAGCGGCGCUGGCGGCGCGGAGCCGGCCCGGGUGCGGCGGCACAGCAGCUCCGGCUGCCUGCCCGGGCCGCCGCCGCCCUCGCCGCCCGCCGCGCUGCCCGCCGAGCCCCCCGAGAAGCGCAACACGCUGGACGUGGGCGAGGUGCUGAGCCAGGCGGACCCGCUGGCCCGGCUGGAGCGCUGGGAGCGCAGCAAGAGCAAGAACCGGACCCUGGAUAACAGCGACCUGCAGCGGCUCUCGGAGCGCCUGGGCCGGGAGGGCCCCGCCGCCGGCACCGAGCACCGGCUGCUGCGCUUCUUCAGCGGCAUCUUCGCCCGCAGGGACGGCCCCGCCGCCCUCUUCGGCAGCCCCCACGGGCGCUCCCCCCGCAGCAGCUUYUCCAGGUCCAGGGCUUACUUUAGCAGCCUGCGGAGAGCCGCCGUGGACAUGCAGUCCAGCUCCGAGAGCAUCAACGGGUCUCCCCACAAAGAUGCCUUUGUAAACAGCCAGGAAUGGACGCUGAGCCGCUCUGUGCCGGAGCUGAAAGUGGGGAUUGUGGGUAACCUGGCGAGUGGGAAGUCAGCGCUGGUGCACCGCUACCUGACAGGCACCUACGUCCAGGAGGAAUCCCCUGAAGGUGGGAGGUUCAAGAAGGAGAUCGUGGUGGAUGGACAGAGUUACCUGCUGCUGAUCAGAGAUGAAGGAGGCCCUCCGGAGGCACAGUUUGCCAUGUGGGUGGACGCCGUCAUCUUCGUGUUCAGCUUGGAGGAUGAGGUCAGCUUCCAGACCGUGUACCACUACUACAGCCGCAUGGCCAACUACCGCAACACCAGUGAGAUCCCCAUGGUGCUGGUGGGCACCCAGGAUGCCAUCAGCUCCACCAACCCCCGCGUCAUCGACGAUGCCCGCGCCAGGAAGCUGUCGAAUGACCUCAAGAGAUGCACCUACUACGAGACCUGUGCCACCUACGGGCUCAACGUGGAGAGAGUCUUCCAUGAYGUUGCCCAGAAGAUCGUUUCUACCAAGAAGAAACAGCAGCUCUCAAUUGGACCCUGCAAAUCUCUACCCAACUCUCCGAGCCACUCCUCCGUGUGUUCUGCCCAGGUUUCUGCCGUACAUAUCAGCCAGACCAGUAAUGGAGGAGGGAGUUUAAGUGAUUAUUCCUCCUCUGUCCCAUCAACUCCAAGCACCAGCCAGAAGGAGCUGCGGAUUGAUGUUCCUCCCACUGCCAACACACCAACUCCUGUCCGUAAACAGUCCAAGCGCCGAUCCAACCUCUUCACGUCUCGGAAAGGGAGUGACCCAGACAAAGAGAAGAAGGUCCUGGAGAGCAGAACAGACAGCAUUGGAAGCGGCCGCGCAAUCCCAAUUAAACAGGGGAUGCUGCUGAAGCGGAGUGGCAAGUCCCUGAACAAGGAGUGGAAGAAGAAAUACGUGACGCUGUGUGACAACGGCGUGCUGACCUACCACCCCAGCCUGCACGAUUACAUGCAGAAUGUUCACGGGAAAGAGAUCGACUUGCUGAGAACCACUGUGAAGGUCCCCGGGAAGAGGCCACCCCGAGCCACGUCAGCCUGUGCCCCCAUCUCCAGCCCCAAAACCAACGGCCUCUCCAAAGACAUGAGCAGUUUACACAUCUCGCCAAAUUCAGGGAACGUGACUACUAGCACAUCUGUGUCUCAGAUGGCCAGUGGGAUCAGUCUGGUGUCCUUCAACAGCCGCCCGGACGGUAUGCACCAGCGCUCCUACUCGGUCUCCAGUGCAGAUCAGUGGAGUGAGGCCACAGUCAUUGCCAACUCUGGCAUUAGCAGUGACACCGGCCUGGGAGAUUCUGUGUGCUCCAGCCCCAGUAUAUCCAGUACCACCAGCCCCAAACUGGACCCCCCUCCUUCCCCCCACGCCAACAGAAAGAAGCACCGCCGGAAGAAAAGCACAAGCAACUUCAAAGCUGAUGGGAUCUCGGGCACAGCUGAAGCCAAACGCAAAGCUUGGAAACUAAACCGUGUUGGUAGCCUGCGAAAUAUUUACAGCAGCAGCAGCACCAACACCGAAGAACAAGAAGAAAACUUCGAGUUUAUCAUCGUCUCUCUCACGGGCCAGACCUGGCACUUCGAAGCGACCACCUACGAGGAGAGGGACGCGUGGGUCCAAGCCAUAGAGAGCCAGAUCCUGGCCAGUUUACAGUCCUGUGAGAGCAGCAAGAACAAGUCCCGCCUGACGAGUCAGAACGAGGCCAUGGCCCUGCAGUCCAUCAGGAACAUCAGAGGCAAUUCCCACUGCGUGGACUGCGAAGCACAGAACCCCGACUGGGCCAGCCUGAACCUGGGAGCCCUCAUCUGCAUCGAAUGCUCAGGGAUCCACCGCAACCUCGGCACGCACCUGUCGCGGGUGCGCUCCCUCGACCUGGACGAUUGGCCCAUCGAGCUGAUCAAGGUGAUGUCAGCCAUCGGCAACGAGCUGGCCAACAGCGUGUGGGAGGAGAACAGCCAAGGCCACAUGAAGCCUUCCUCGGACUCCACAAGGGAAGAAAAGGAGCUCUGGAUCCGCGCCAAGUACGAGCAGAAGCUCUUCCUCGCCCCGCUGCAGUGCCUGGAGCUCUCUCUGGGCCAGCAUCUCCUGAGGGCCACAGCUGAGGAGGACUUGAGGACGGUGAUCCUGCUGCUGGCCCACGGCACGCGGGAGGAGGUGAACGAGACCUGCGGAGAGGGGGACGGGCGCACCGCCCUGCACUUGGCCUGCCGSAAAGGGAACGUGGUGCUGGUGCAGCUCCUCAUCUGGUACGGUGUGGACGUGAUGGCGCGUGAUGCCCACGGGAACACGGCGCUGGCCUACGCCCGCCAGGCCUCGAGCCAGGAAUGCAUCGACGUCCUGCUGCAGUACGGCUGCCCCGACGAGCGCUUCGCCCUCAUGGCCACCCCCAACCUGUCCCGCAAGAACAACAACCGCAACACCAGCGGCGGGAGGAUGCCCACCAUCAUCUGAGGGGAGCGAGCCCRCGUAGGCGCUGAGCCGAGUCCCAUCCGCAGCCUCACAUUCCGCCAUCGCCAUCACGGCUCUGCUCGGCGAGCCUGGUAACUCUUCUUGUCCCUUUUCCCUCGGGUACAUCCAUCCCCGAGUGCCACCAGGGCCGAGGAGGAGCCCGGGGGGCUGCUGAGCAGGCUGUUGUUUCAGUGCCCGCCGCCGGGCUGGGAGAGCCCAGCCGGACACGGCCCGAGGGGACACACGGCACUCCCGGAGCGCGCGGGGAAGGGACGGGACGGGACGGGAAGGGAAGGGAAGGGCGGGGGGAGAGGCGAGCCGGACGAGAAGGAAGGAGAGAUGGUGACUUUCCCUAAGUGACAGUGAAGCACAUCAGUACAUUUCACCUCUACCGAACGCCGCGGCGACGCCUGGAUUUCCAUUCUCUUCUCCUGAAGAGCUUGACGGCAUAAAUCAGAAGCAAGCACAGAGUUUGUCAGGUUUGAAGCUCCUAUGAUGGUAUGUGUCAAAUCAGUUGUAGCUAAUCUGUCCGGGGAGAAUACUGGCUUCAUUACACUUGUAUAGUUGAGUUCUUCCAGCAUUACUGCUGUUUAAUAGAACAUGAUUAGUCAUCACGGAGAAAAAAGCAUAUUAGCUGAGGAGGUAGUUACAUGGCACGCUUCGGUGAUUGCUUGGAUGUGAUUGCAAUAUUCUUAGAAGCAUCAUAUUAUCUCAGACAUGUUCUUUCGAGCCCUUGGAGCCCUCCUUUCUAAAUUCACUGUCAUAAUUUAGUAUCUGUUUAAUUUUUCAGUCCAAAGAGAGGAAAUGAGUUGCUGAGUGUUAUUUGACUGCAGUCUCCUUGGUGUAAAAACAAAAUGGAAAAAAUAAAUAAGAGUAAGCCUGAAACACAAAAAGGAAUAAUGAAUACCGCUACGGAAAACAACAUUUCGAGUACGUUUGGUGAAAUUAAUAAAUGCGUUAAAGGCUAAUUUUUUUUUUUUUUUGGUUUGUUUUCAGCCAGCAGAAAUAGGUUCUGUCAUUUUGCCAAGGUAAAUUGUGUUGAGUUUUUGGUCACUYCUGUGAUGCAUUGCCUAACUUAUACAGAUUUUUGUAUUGUGUCUCUAGAUUCUAUGUAUUUAAAAUCUAUUUGAAUAAAAAAAGAAGACCAUAAAUAUACAUCGAUUUUUUUUCUUUUUGUACAGAAAAUGACAUCUCUGUUAAUUUAUAAACUGUAAUGGAUGUGARCUAAAUAAUGUGCAACUAGUUAGGAUCUGUGGCUUACAGAUCAUUGUACAUUGAUAAUAUUCCCAGCAGUGAAYGCUUCUUUCCAAAGCCUGUGAGGAACAACAUAUCAGAAGGAGAUCAGAGAAGGAAAAAAARGUGUGUGAGACCUUUUAGAAAGGAAAAAAGAGGCCGUUUCUCAGCGCUGUAAAUAUAUUUUACUCCAGAAGUCAGGAAGCUUUCACAAGCCAAGACAAAAAGCCCCAUUCUGGCUGGGGGAAGAUCAGAUUUGAUUAAGUUCAGAAUUGAUAGCCUUCACCGCGGCGGGCAGGGCACGGCUGCUUUCGGCAAGAAAAAUGGCUUGUGGAAGUAGCCUGGACAGUUCAUUUGAAUUCCAAGUUUUAAUCCUUGAUUGGAUUAUUUUGGUCUUAUCGGGCACAUCCCAGCUUCUCCUGCUUCCCAGUAGCAGCAUUCUGGCAUGGAAGCAGGGGUUUGGCAGGCAGAAAAGCGAAUUUUUUACUUUUUUUUUUUUAAGUGGCAUCUGGCAAUGUGGGGAUGGGGGAAGGGUUUAUCACAGAGAAAGUUGAAAACUCAACUGAAUUUGAUGGCAAAGGAGCAAUUAUGUGAAGGCAGUGAAGUGCACACUGCAUAGUAAUUUGCAAAUUUACCUGUGCAUUUCACAAGCCUUCGGUGGUGCUCUUCCUUGGGGCUCUGGGUUCCACUCAUCACACAAAUGGGAGGAGCUAUUGCUAAAGAAACUGAAUGUGGACAAAAUGAGAAGGAAAAAAUAUGGUGUGGUUAUCUUAUGGAAAACAAAAAAAAAAAAAAGGAAAAA